UAAAAAGCUAAAGAAAUUUGUACAUUUAAAUUGAUCAUAUGUUUUGAAACAAAAUGUCUUUUUUGAGGGGUUCUGAAAAUUAUGUUUGGUGUACGACGAGCGUGCUGGGGAAAGGCGCUACUGGUGCAGUAUUCCAAGGUGUCAAUAAGAAUAAUGGUGAACCGGUAGCUGUGAAAACGUUCAACCAACUAAGUCACAUGAGACCCCAUGAUGUGCAAAUGCGAGAGUUCGAAGUACUGAAGAAGGUGAAGCAUGAGAAUAUUGUGAAACUGCUGUCCAUUGAGGAGGAGCAGGAGGGCCGCGGUAAAGUCAUAGUUAUGGAGUUAUGUACAGGCGGAAGUUUAUUCAACAUAUUGGAUGACCCUGAGAACACAUAUGGUCUUCAGGAGCAUGAAUUCCUACUGGUGUUAGAGCACUUAACAGCUGGUAUGAAGCACCUUCGUGACAAUAAUUUGGUGCACCGAGACCUGAAGCCAGGUAAUAUCAUGAAAUAUAUUAAUGAAGAUGGUACAACAACUUAUAAGUUGACAGACUUUGGAGCUGCCAGAGAGUUGCAGGAAGAGGAGCAGUUUGUAUCACUGUAUGGCACUGAGGAGUACCUACAUCCAGAUAUGUAUGAGAGAGCAGUCUUGAGGAAGCCAGUGGGGAAGAGUUUCGGGGCUACAGUGGAUCUGUGGUCAAUAGGAGUGACUCUGUACCAUGUUGCUACAGGACAAUUACCCUUCAGGCCCUAUGGUGGUAGAAGAAAUAAGGAGACUAUGUUUUAUAUCACCACAAAGAAGUCAUCGGGGGUUAUUGCAGGAACACAAACAACAGAAAAUGGACCAAUAGAGUGGGCCCGAGAACUGCCCUCGCAUUGCCAAUUAAGUCAAGGACUGAGAAAGUUGGUGACACCAUUAUUGGCGGGGCUGCUGGAAGUGGAUCCUCACAGAAUUUGGACCUUUGAGAGGUUUUUCUCCGAGGUGCAAACUGUGACGUCUACAACACCUGUGCACAUAUUUCAUGUUAACAAAGUGGCUAGUAUAAAGGUGUUCCUGAAACCGGAGGAGAAGUAUGAACACCUGCAGACGUACAUCUGCGAGCAGACGAGUGUGGUCGCAGAGUCCCAAAUACUGCUCUACAAGGAUACGCUGCUCAUGUCAGAGAUUGAUGACAAUACACUUGGUAAAAACUACCCGGAGACGACGGCGGAGGAGCCGCUGUUGCUGUUUAAUAAAAACAACAAUAACGUGAGCAUGGCGCCGGAGCCCGAGGUGCCCAAGUUUCCCGUGUUCCCCAACAUCGUGUCCGUUGAGAACGACGCCAGUCAAGCCAAGACGGCGUGCAGCGUGGGGCACGCGAUCCGGCGGCGCGUGGAGGCGCUGUGCGCGGCGUCGGCGCUGAUGGGCGGCACCGUGCGGCGCUGGGGCGCGCUGCUGGCCGGCCGCCUGCAGCGCACCGCCGCCCGCGCCGCCGCCGCCGCCGCGCACGCCGACCGCCUGCACGACGCGGCGCGCGCGCUGCGGCUGGCCGGCGCGCCGCCCGCGCCCGCCGCCGCCGCCGCCGCGCUCGCGGCCGACGCGGCCGCGCUGCGGGCCGCCGCCGCCGGGCUGACGGCGCGCCACGCCGCCGGCGCCGCGCCCGCCGCCGAGUGGCGCGCGGCGGCGGCGGCGGCGCCCUGCCCGGCCGCGCUGCGCCUGCACGCGCGCGCGCGCACGCUGGCCGACCGCCUGCGCGACUCCUGGCAGCACCUGGUGCGCGACCGCGCCACGCGCUCCCUCACCUACAACGACGAGCAGUUCCACGUGCUCGAGCGCAUCACCGUCGCGGAGACGGGACGACGCGCGCGCGCCCUGCUGCACCGCGCCGCGCCACUCGCACGCGCACGCGCUGACGCCAUCGCAGACUGGUACAAGGUGGCUCAAACAGUCUACUUACAAACUCAGAUCUUAGACAAGGACAUCGCCAGCGCUGAAAUGAAGCUAGUCGCGUUGACGGCUCGCCUGCAGGACGCCGAGCAAGUCAUCCGGUCCAGUAAGGUAUACGAAACUCAGACGGAGGGGGGCGCGCGAGCGGAGGAGGCGGGGCCCGCGGCGGGCGCGGCGGGGUGCCGGCGGUGCGGGGGCGGGGGCGGGGGCGGGGCGGCGGCGGGGGUGGGGGCGGGCGGCGCGGGGGUGCGCGCGCUGCUGGCCGCGCAGGACGAAGUGGCGACGGCGGUGGCCGCCAACUCCGCGCUGGUGGCGCGCCUCGCGGCCUCCGUGCGCGACGUGCAGCUCUAG